AUGUUUUGGCCUUCAUAUCCCUAUCAACAAUAUGGGCGAAAUUAUUACAUGGGCCGCUUAAUUGGCGAAGUCAUGCCGUAUUACCAUGAUCAUCAUUUAAUGCGUUUCGGUCGUGAACUAUUAGAAUAUCCUGAUUUUCUAUUUGCCCUACUCAAUAUUCAACCAGGUAUGGUUGUAGCCGACAUCGGUGCUGGUGUUGGUUUCAAUUCAUUACGCCUUGCUCGUUUAGUUGGACCCUAUGGGCGUGUUCUGGCAACUGAUAUUCAACCUCAAAUGCUUAAUCAAUUAGUAUUGAGUGCCGCAAUGGCAGGUGUAUCACAUAAUAUUGUACCUAUAGUAUCUUCUCAUUUUGAUGCCAAUCUUCCACCUAAUUCUUGCGAUUUUAUUAUUUUGGUUGAUACAUACCAUGAAUGUAUAGAUCCGCCAGCGCUUCUACGUGGAUUACAUCAAGCAUUGAAACCCAAUGGUCGAAUUGUUCUAGUUGAAUAUCGUUCCGAAGAUAGUUGGAUGCCUAGCAUGUACAAUGAUCAUCGAAUGUCUUUUCUGCAAGCAAAACUUGAAUUUGAAUGCAAUAGAUUUGCUCUAUCACAAGUUGUUGAGUCUCUUCCUUAUCAACAUGUUCUUAUUUUUAAUAAAGUAUAA